GUAUACAUCAAGCAGAAUUUUAUCUUUUUUAAUUAUCCGGAUUAUCUGGAAAUGAAAAUUUUCUUCUAUGGACAUUUACGUUAACUGUUAAAAUGUUAACUUUUGAAUUGGUAUGCGUAUAUGUUUUACUUCUUUGUAUCAUUAUUCUGAAGUCCAAUAUUGAACAUUCAGCUUUGAUCAUACUUGCUACUUCAUGGAUUACUGAUAACGAUGGGAUUACUAUAAUCCAACAAGUCCAUUUAAUUCAGAAACAACAAAACCUUGAUAUAGGCAACUGCCAAAAUCACUCAGAUGAUUAUUGUGAAUCUCAUAUACGGAACAGUAUUUGUAAUCGAAUUAAAAAUGAAUGCUUCUGUCGACUAGGCUUUGUAGCAAUUAGAGAAAAUAAUGAAAUCGUCUGUCGACCAAUUCUAACUGACCUUCCGUGCCGAGUCGAUUCAGACUGCGUACACGUGGAUUUAAGUGUAUGUCAUCCUGGAGCUGGAAGAUGUAUAUGUCCUGGAAAUACAGUUUAUGUUACACAUUUACAUGCUUGCAGAACCAAGUUGUUUCAUCAAAAUUAUGAUGCUUGCAGAAUGUGUGAUACAAAUCAUGUGUGUCAUGAAAUAAUGUCGAGAGAUCUAAACCGUGUAAAGGAUUUAAAUAUAAUAGUAAUAAAACUGGAUGGUACUCUAAAUAGUUCAAACGAACCUGCGUUUGUUGGGUGUACUUGUGAAUUUAACCCCGUUUCUAAUCCAACGAUAAUACCAACUGGUUCUCAAAACCCAGAGAAACAUCAUUUAUGCUCCGAGAAUCUGCCUGAUAUUGGUGAAGCUUGUGAUCAUUCAUAUUUAGCGUGCAGAUCACGUACCGCUCAAUGUGUUUCAGGUGAUUCACCCAACACAAAGGUUUGCACUUGUCCUGAAAACACAGUUGCAGUUUACCAAACAUUCCUAAACUAUUUUGAAUGUUUUCCUGUCGUAAAUAAGUCAUUUUCUCACCUAACAAAUACAAAAAAUGUUGUAAGUGAUGAUUGUCAACCUUGUCAAAAAAUUAAUGGAACAUGUUAUGAUCAAAAUAAUGAUGGUAUACCAGAUGGAUGCCAAUGUCCACCUGGUAGGUCGUUUAUUUAUAAAGGUGAUCAACAUGAAAACUCACGAAACAUAGCUGGUUCGAUAAAUCUUAUUCAGUACAAGGACAAAUUAAAGUUUCCUUGUGAAUUGAAACACACUGAAACAAAAUGCGAUGAGCAAAAUCUCACAGUCUGUUAUUUACCUCAUUCUUCUGGAAGAUUUCAAACACUACCUUACUACCUUCAAUUAAAUAUGGUUGACGUUUCACUUGUGCAGUCAAUGUAUGGAGAAUCGUUUGAUCGUGAGCAGUCUUGUUCAUUAAGCUCACAAUUAAACCGAAUAUCAAAUACCUUGGAUGCUAAAAAAAUAUAUCCAUCGAAAUUCGAAUGGUACUGCAUUACAUUGCUCAAUGAUCAAUUAUUAAUGGACACUUGUAAAGUUAAAUUAGAUGCUGACUCAACUUGUAGUGAACUUACUAACACACAAGAUCUUCGAUAUUCUGGAAGUGUAUACCUCCGCCUAAAGAAUCAAAUCUAUCCGGAUGACAAAGCAAUACUUGAAAUACCAUGGACGUGUACGGCUAAAAGAAUAUGUAAUUUGGAACCCAAACCAAUCAAUAAGAUAACAAAUCAACAAGUGGAAAAUAAUUUGGGACAACUGUAUGUUAUGAAUAAGAACAAUGAGAUCACUACAGAGACUGGUGAAGGGGAAUCAGUGUAUUUAGAACUUAUAUUUAAGUAUGAAAAGUUUGCCAUAAGCACAAAAAUGUGCGCAGUAGCCAGCCUGAAAUUUCCAGAGAGCUUCAAUCUUGAGUCAGUUAUUGACAUUCACUUAUGUCAAGCAUUUUACCACUUCAAAUAUUAUGUUACGGAUCAAAGCAUAGUUAAUUCGUACAAGAAUCAAACAAUAUUUAUAAGUGAUAUCCCUAGCCGAAUUCAGAACAACAAUACGUCAUUCUAUCGAGAAAGUGAGAUAUUUCGAGCUUACCGACUUAUUCCCCAACAAAAUACUGUAUAUUAUAUUUGUCACAUUCCUCCAUUAAACGCAUCAAUGGGAUAUCGCAUCGACAGUAGCAUGAUACGAGAUUGGUGUGAUAUAUCAAACAAGCAAGUAAAGUUAUCAGCAGCCGAUCAUUUAUUUAUUACGAAACUGAUCAUAAGAAAUUCAAGUUCAUCUCAUCACAUCAAAUGUACUCUACUAUCGUGUUUCAGUUUGGACCAAGUAGCUUUUAUCUGCUGCUCCUUGCUACUAACGAAUUUAACUGUCUGCAUAACAGUGAUUUGGGUAUGCAAACGCAAGCAACAGUUAAAACAGCACCAACUUCAGUACACAUUUAGUCAGAACCUACAUUCGAAACAGCUGUUAAAUGAUUCACUGAGAUGUCCCAUUUUAUCUGCUACUACACCACAAGAAGUUGGUGGGACACAGCAGCAACCAGUUUAUCAUGAUGAGUUUGGGACGUGUUUGAACUAUAAAGUGUACGAUGAAUUUGAACCAUUUAGCCGUACUAAUUGUCCAAAGUGUAUGGCCUCCAUGAUAGAUCAAACUAACUCCUUAUUACCUUCUUAUCAAACAACAAGAAGCAUCAGUCAAGUAUCAAUGAAAGAAUCAUUAAAACAACCUUCAAAUGAAGAUCUCAUAUACCUUGAUUUCUUUAAUAGGCAUUCAAAUACAGCUCUCCAGAAAUGCAGGGUACAACCAAUAUCGGGAGCAUUGACAAACAGACCAACUCCUGAAAAUUCUAACAUUUAGUUUGAAGUCGGAUUCAUCGAUAAGUCAUACAAAUGAUGGUGAAAUAGGACAUUUUCACACUGAUGAAUAACUACAUAAUAACACCACGCUUUAUAGCUGCAAACAAAAUACUUAUCAAUAUCCUUUGAUCGUCACUAUAAUAAACAUAUUUCCG